AAUUGAGAGAUGGCACAGAAUGAUCCGAAACAAAGUGGCGGUGGUUUCUUUUCGUCGAUCGCUAACAGUUUGUCCAAUUUUGGUAGCGCCAUGAGUAAAUCAGUCAACGGUUUAUUAGGAUAUGAAGGACUGGAGGUCAUUAAUCCAGAAGGCGGGACUGAAGAUGCCGAAGACGAAGCAAGGAGAGGAAGAUGGAAACAGGAGGACAGGGACAGUUAUUGGAGAAUGAUGCAGAAGUAUAUAGGAUCUGAUGUCACCUCAAUGGUGACACUUCCAGUACUUAUUUUUGAGCCUAUGUCGAUGUUGCAGAAAAUGGCUGAGUUGAUGGAGUACUCCUACCUGCUAGAUAUGGCUGAUGAAUGCGAGGAUCCCUACAUGCGAAUGGUUUACUCCACAUCAUGGGCCAUAUCAGUCUACUAUGCUUAUCAACGUACCUGGAAACCAUUCAAUCCUAUACUUGGCGAGACUUAUGAAAUGGUUAAUCAUGGUGGCAUUACUUUUAUAGCUGAACAGGUUAGUCAUCACCCUCCAAUGAGCGCUGGCCAUGCUGAAAAUGAGCAUUUCAUUUAUGAUAUUUCUUCGAAAGUCAAAACCAAAUUUUUGGGGAACUCAGUUGACAUCUAUCCGCUUGGAAGGACUCGUGUGACCCUGAAAAGAGAUGGCGUUGUUAUUGACUUGGUGCCUCCUCCCACAAAAGUAAACAAUCUAAUAUUUGGACGAACUUGGGUGGACACACUUGGGGAGAUGAUCAUGACAAACCUGACAACAGGCGACAAAGCUGUUUUAUAUUUUCAACCAUGUGGUUGGUUCGGAGCUGGGCGAUAUGAGAUUGAUGGAUAUGUGUAUAAUGCUGCUGAGGAGCCAAAGAUUUUGAUGACUGGGAAAUGGAAUGAAUCCAUGAGUUAUCAACCUUGUGACAGUGACGGCGAACCGCUUCCUGGAACUGAACUAAAGGAGUUAUGGCGAGUUGCUGAUGCUCCCAAAAACGAUAAAUUCCAAUACACAUAUUUUGCACAUAAGAUUAACAGCUUUGAUACUGCUCCCAAGAAGCUAUUAGCAUCCGAUUCUCGUUUACGCCCGGACAGAUAUGCACUAGAGCAGGGUGACCUCUCUAAAGCUGGUUUUGAAAAGAGCAGUUUGGAGGAAAGACAGAGAGCUGAAAAGAAAAACAGGGAAGAAAAGGGUCAUAAAUUUGCUCCAAAAUGGUUUGACUUCACCGACGAAGUCGCUGCUACUCCUUGGGGUGCCUUGGAAGUGUAUCAAUACAAUGGCAAGUACUCAGAACACCGGGCUGCCAUCGAUAGCUCAAGUAGCAGCAGCGAUGGAAUCGCUGUUAAGUCAACUGAAUUCAAUCCAUGGCAGUACGAAGACUUAGUUGCUAGUUAAAGCCUAUGCGUCCUC